UGGAUGGUCAAGUCCGACGCCUCUGCCGCGCAGCAGUACCUCGUCUCGCGAUACCGCGUCGCCGGUCUCCGGCAGUGCGGCCGCCCACAUGGGCUCCGCGUCGCCCUCGGUCGUGGUGUCUGCCUCUGUCGCGGCGAGCCCGUCAUCGGCGCCACCGGUCCAGUCGGACGACGACGAUGAGUCCUUGCUUGGCUGGGGUUUCUCGGCCGCGCAGCGGGCUGGCGACCGUGAGCAGCAGCGCUUGGCAACGCUCGAGCAAGAGCGGCAGGCGCGCCGAACUCGCGAUGACGAGGAGGACGAGGCGGCUUACGCCCGCUUCCGUGCCGGGGUGCAGGCGGACCACGUCGAACAGUCGCGGCCGCCACCUCGCGUUCACGUCGAUGCGCCCGAGUACGUGCCGUCAGCCGCGCCGUCGAUCGAUGUCCGGUCGCUUCAUUACCCGGCACUGUCGUCGGCGCCGCAACCGUCGGUCAACCAACUGCCGAUAUUCAGCGGUCAUGGCGUCAACAAGCCGCCGGUGUACGGGCCGCGCGGCGUCAUGACCGAGCACCAAGCGCAGUUUGCCAAAGAAUUCAUCGUCUACUCGCGCAAGCAGGCCCUGUUGUGCCUCUCGGCCGCUCGUGCAUGA